AUGUCUUCCACGGUGUCGUCGGCGCCAUCGCCGUCCCUCUCGCCGACCCCAUCACCAGCCUCGACCGGCGGCGGCGGCGGGCCAACCAAUUCACCCUUGCUGUUCUUCGUCGCAUUGGGCUUCGGCGUCGUUUUUACGAAUCUAUGGAUUAUCGUCGGCGUCAAGUACUGCUUUCGCUACAAUGCCCGGAACCGCGCGAUCCGCAACGGCGAAGACGUCGACCCCAUCAAUCUGGAGAACAUGCCUCCAAGGCCGCAUCGCCGUCGGCGGGAAAAGAAGCUGAUGACGAUGGACGAGGUCAACGACCGAUUCCCGCUGACCAAGUACAAGAAUUGGGUGGCGUCCCGUGUCAGCGAAGGCCUGCCAGCAACGGGCGGCGUAACGGCACGGUCGAGUCGGGCGGGGAGUUUACGAGAUGCGGAUGGGGUUGUUCCCUCGUCGCCGGUGGACACCAAACACUCGAUCAAUACGAGACCGGCGACGGCCAAUUCCGAGAUCAAAGCCGCUGGAGUCACGACCGCUACCACCGAAGAGAAGCCCGUGGAGCCAAAACCAGAACCGGUGGAAGAAGUUCACAACCUAGAAGAGGUGCGCACGACUACCAGCACGGUUGACAAGCACCCGAUAGUUGCGAGCGAGAUGGACGAUGACGACGAAGACGAUCACAUCCAUACCGCCGUACCCCCAGAACUCCUAACCAACCCCGGAGAUUCGUGUGCCAUUUGCAUUGACACGUUAGAAAACGAUGACGAUAUCCGAGGCUUGACGUGUGGCCAUGCUUUCCACGCUGGUUGCUUGGAUCCAUGGUUGACAAGCCGCCGUGCAUGCUGUCCCCUUUGCAAGGCCGACUACUUCACGCCAAAGCCCCGCCCCGAGGGCGAGACGGCCGAAACAACGCGUGCGCAAAGGAGAAGAGAUCAAAGAAUGAACAUGCCCCAACAGCCAACUACUUCUUGGAUCGGAAUUCGAGGCAACCCUCGUCUGAUAUUCCCAUCUCGCUUCGGAUCUCAAGUAUAUCCGGACCAACCUGGCUAUGAUGAGAGCCAGAGCCGUCGAGGACGACGAUCUCGCAGACAUGCUGCAGCACAGGGCCAAUCCGGUACUGCAGCCCCUGAAAACACAGCGGCCGAGAAUGUUGAUACCACCUCCUCGGGACCCUGGAGACCUAGAUUCACCAAUCCAUUUGGCGGAAUGAGAAUGCCUGCUGCCCUCCGUGUGCCGGGUCGAAAUCGGCAACAGGCUGGUCAAGCGGAGCAGAAUCCUACGGCAGAGCCAUCGCCGUCGCAGCUUGAAGCUGGUAUUGUUCGAUGA